CUUGUUCAGAACCAAACGACCCAAGUUGGCAGGUCUGCUUUCACUGACUCAGUAGACAAAAAAAAACAUUAACAAUAAAGAGCUGAAAAAUAUCACAAAGAAUUUUGUGAAAAGCUAUCAAAAUUAUAGUAAACAUCAAACGCAAACAUAAAUAAUAUAACUGAGUGCGUAGAAAUCAAGUCAAUAUCAGCAGCAGAAAAAGUGCGAGAAAAAAAAAGGGGAAAAUUAAAGAAGGUCGCAGUGACAAAAUUGGGAAAUUGUGAAAAACAAAGCGAGCGUCGUUUUAGUGAUUGCAGCCAAACAAAAAAAAAUAGAGAAAAAGUGAAAAAAAUAAGAAGUGCUCAAUUUACAGUGUGAUAACAGUUACUGCCUGGCUAUUGGAAGGUGAAGUGGAGUCUGCAUUCCAGUUGAAUUGUUUCCAUUGCUUCCAAUUGAAUGGACGCGUUCAGCAUUUGUUUUGAUAACUAGAUGCGGUCGCCAGUUUGUUAAAGAAAACGAUAACAAAACGACUCGCAACAAGAGCAAAAGUUACAAGCAGACGUUGCGGCGCAGUCAACGCAACAGUCGCAGUGCACGCGCCAAACGGAAGCCGAAAACGCGACCGAAACUUGACAGCCGACAAAGUUGUCGUUUGCGUUAUCUCCAUUUACCGCUAUACCAAAUGGCUGUCAAGCAGAAUAAUGCGGAAACGCAGGAAUCUGGCAACGCCAGCAGCACCAACAGCACUCAAACCGCCACUGUUAUCAGUUCAGCUGUUAAAUUAACAGCUGAAGACGGCGAACAGCAGCAGCAGCAGCAACAACAACAGCAGCAGCAGGAGGCGGGGGGAGGAGGAGUUGGUGGAGAAAUGGCACUGCGAGAAAUUUCCAAUAUACAACUGCAGAUCAAGAGUCUAGUGAAUAUUAUGCAGGGCAUUAAUCCCAACGAUAGGCACUCUACCUUGUUGCGUUAUCAGCAUGUGAUUUACAAUUUGGCCAAUAUGCAAAUUAGCACCACAAACACUAAAGAUCUCACACUGUUCAAGGAGGAAAUUGUGCAAGUGGCCAACAUGUUAAUGUUGCCCAACAAAAAGGAAUAUCUCAUGUUUUAUCUAUCGAUUGUCUAUCAACUGAUAUCACAAUCGGAAUCGCAAUCGAAUUCAAAGCCACCAUCCGUUGCGCUUGCCAUUGUCUUUCAAUUAUUCAGUCCGGAACUUAUACUGGAAGCGGUACAGUCUCUGCUAGAGCAAAAUGUACAGGAUGAGUGCAUAAGGAAGACGGUGGAAUUACUAUGCAACUGGUUGCGUAUCUGCAAUUUCUGUCAGAAUCUCAAUUUGUGGAUUAUGGCCUUGUUGCAGGGACUGCGAGAGCAGGAAAAGUAUCAGCUGCUCGAUGAGAUUGCCAUUGAUAACAUUGAGGUGCUCUUCCAACACAUGAUCUUUCCCGCCCUGCGACCCAAAGUGGCACCCAUCGUAUUUCACAUGCUCUCGACGAUCAACCAGGCGCCCGAGAUAUUCCACAAGAUCCACAGUUUUGUGCGUCAAAUCCUGUUGAUCGAGAGCAACUCGCUGCUGUUGCUGAAGAUGCAGCAACAGAUAGCAUUGAUGCAUCACUCGAUGCGUUACGAGUUGACGCCAACGCGGGUCUUGAAGGCGACACGGCCGCCGGGGUUCACGCCGGGAUUGCAGCAGGAUAGUUCCGAAUUUCUGGGCUAUUUGUUGGAUCUGCUGCAUGAGCAUGAGAUUGGAGCACACAAUACGCAACUGGGCAACGAAGGAGCCCAAAAGAAAGCAUUAAAGGAAUCGACGACGGAGCCAAGGAAUGAGAUUGUCGAUGAGAUAGUGGCCGCUGGUGUGAUACCCUACAAUAGCAAGGACUAUGAGCUGUGUCGAUCCACUGUACCCGCCAGCGGCUUAAAUGCCACGCCCACCAAUGCAUCGAAGAAGCCGCCCUCGACAAUCGAUAAAACCUUCGCUGGCAAAUUGUCGACAACCUACAAAUGUCUGAGCUGCGAUUGGGAGAGUCGCAAUGAGGACAGUUUCCGUGAGCUGCAAUUAUCGUUUCCCGAUGACAAGGACGUUUGCGGUGGUGCUAACAAUUAUUCCGUUCAGGAUCUUAUCGACUACUAUUGCUCGCCGGAGAAACUCGAUGGCGACAAUCAAUACUUCUGUCCCAGCUGCAAGAAACUCUGCGAUGCGGAGCGUCGCAUUGCCAUCACCCAAGCACCACGUAAUCUCAUCCUCACUCUCAAGCAGUUCAAGUACGAUCAGAAGUAUCAUUUCCGCACCAAACUCAUGCACAAGGUCUUUCACGACGAGAGCGUGAUCGUCAAGGUGUGUGCAAUGGAUUCGCUGCAGGAGACUUGCACGGUGCACUACGAUCUGUACGCCGGAGUUGUGCACGCCGGAUAUAGUAUGGAUUCGGGACAUUACUUUACAUUUGCGGCCGAUCAGUCCAAGAAUUGGUUUAAAUUCAAUGACAGUCUGGUGACAAAUUCAAAGCCACAGGAAAUGCACAGUUUGACCUCACCGAAUACUCCCUAUAUACUGUUCUAUCAAAUGUGCGGACGAUCGACAGAAGCAUCCGAAAAUGGACCGAUGCAUCCCAUGGUUCCGUUACCUCAGAUUCCCCCCCUCAAGCUGGAUGAACUGCCGAGGACACUUCGGGAUUAUGUGAAGCAGGAUAAUCGCGAUUAUACCGAGGAAUUGAAGUUGCAGCAAUUUAAGAGACAGGCGAAGCGCAACAACAAUGUGAGUGAUAACGGUACAAUGACUCGGAAUGGAUACGAAGGCGAUGACGAAGACGAUCAGACGCCCCCGCCCACCGGGGGGUGUGGGGGGAAUGAUUUGGGCAUGAAUUUCAAUCGAUUUGUUUACUGAUUGUAAGUGGACUAGACUGGAAAGAAAGCUGGGAAAGUUGCUUGGAAAGCGUCGUUCCAGCUAAACAACAAGAACAACAUACAUAUAUUCAACUUUAUAUAUAUACAACAACAACAAUAUCUAUAACUGUAACUGUAUGUGUGUAUAUGUGUAUAUAUAUAUAAAGUUAUGUAUCUCUAUUUUAUAUAUAUGCACACAGGCAUCAAUAAUAUUAAUAUUAAUGUUAUAUAAGCAUGUAGAAAUAUAUAAAAAAACACACACACACUUAAACAAUAGAGAGCAGAGAGAGGCAGCUACUACAUAUACACACAUAUGUAUAUGUGUAGACUUUCUAUUGGAGGCGCUUUCCACACUACACUCAAAAAAAAACAAACACACACAUACUAUUGUUGUCAUGUUCCUUAAACCAAAACUCCAGCACAGAAACUACAUAUUGUAUUUCCAUUUUUACAACAAAUUUUGUUAUAAUUUU